CAAAAGCUGAAAGUACGGUUACAAAUCAUAAAUGGGAACCAUUAACUAUAUUAAAAUUUAAAAUCUGGUUAGCAAUAAUCUUAUAUAUGGGAAUCUUUAAAUUUCCAGCAAUUCAAGAUUAUUGA